ACGCCGAAAAGUCCAGACAGCUAUUUCCAUCCGCAUCCGCCGCGCACCAUAUUCUUACGAAAAGAUGUAGCGACGAACAAAUGUGUCAUAUUGACGGCAUGACACAAGUUCAGUCUUAGCUUUGGGAAUCGAACAUCCCAUGCACCAAGUCUUCACCAUCGGGUUGGUCCGGCAUCCAUUGGCGUCACAGCGUGCAAUCCUCCACUACUGGAAUUCCUCCACUACUGCAAUCCUCCAUCGGCGUCACAGCGUGCAAUCCAUCGGGUCAGUCUCGGAUGAGAUUCCUGCAGUGCCGUUUGUCGUCGCCGCACCUCCGGAACACCACCACCAUGCCGUCGUCUCCAUCCCGUGGCUCUGGCCUGCUCUUCUUCUCCUUAGCCAUGGUGGCCUGCCUCUUCACCGUCGUGCUAUCCGCGGACAGCGAGUGGACCUGGUUCGACUGCCAAUCGUCGUCGACGGCGGCCUCUUCUUCCACCAACAGCACGUUCUGGUCCAACGUCGUCGCGCUCCUGGACGCGCUCCCGUCGGCCGCGGCGCCCACGGGCUUCGCCUCCCUGUCCCUUGGCAACGGCACCGACCGCGCCUUCGUCCGGGGAAUCUGCCGCGGCGACUCCACGGCAUCGCAGUGCACCACCUACCUCCGGAACGCCGCGCUGAGCAUCAGGAGCCACUGCAACAGCACCCGCCGCGCCGCCAUCUGGUACGACGACGGCUCCACGGUCACAUAUCCGGCGCCCAUGUUCUGCUUCGUCAGCUACGCCGACACCAACGCGUCGACGGCCCACGAGGACGCGUACUGGCAGGAGUUCCAGAACAGCUUUGUGGUCUCCAACACGGCUGUCUUGGAGACAGCUUACAGCACGCUCAUGAGUAGCCUCGCCGCGCGCGUCGUCGUCAACGGCUCCGGCACCGGCACGCCGCCGUCGCCAGCACCGAUGUUCGCAACGGGGGCGGCCGUGUAUGAUCCCACUGCCCCCAACGGCACCAUGUAUGGGCUGCUGCAGUGCAUGAGGGACCGGACGGCGGCGGAGUGCGCCAAGUGCUUGAAUGACUCGGUGCAGCAGCUGCCGUCGUGCUGCCGUGGUCACAGGGGCGGGAUUGUGAUGGGCUACAACUGCUACCUGCGCAUGGAGGUGUACCCCUACUAUGAUCUGGCCCUAGAUGGGCCACCGCUUGUUCUAGCUCCAGCUCCAGCUCCAGCUCCCUCGACCUUCAGUGGAGAAAGUCGGCCAGGGAAAAAGACGUUUGGCGCUACUCUCCCGAUCGCUCUCGCUGUUGGAACGGUGCUUGCCGCAGUCCUCGUCGUCGUUGCCAUCUUCCUGUGCAGACGAAAUAAGGCCAAGCAGAAGCAAAAUCCACAAGACAAUAGUAUUAGCAAAGAAGAGGAUAUGGAAUAUUUUGAGUCCGAGCGACUUAAUCUAGUUGCGAUAAGAGCUGCAACAAACAAUUUCUCAGAUGAAAACAAACUUGGAGAGGGAGGUUUUGGAGAAGUAUUCAAGGGUACGUUACAGGACGGGGAAGAGAUAGCUGUGAAGAGGCUUUCACAGAAUUCCUCACAGGGUUUCCACGAGCUUAAGAAUGAACUCGUGCUGGCUGCCAAACUCAAACACAGGAAUCUGGUGCAGCUCCUGGGGGUGUGCCUGCAAGAAGAGAAGCUACUCAUUUAUGAGUACAUGCCCAACAGAAGCUUAGAUACCUUCCUUCUCGUCUCUUGUUGUGAACAUGCAGAUCCAGUGAGACGGCAGCAGCUGGAUUGGAGCAAGAGGUUUGCCAUCAUCUGCGGUAUUGCACGGGGACUUCUCUACCUCCACGUGGAGUCCCGCCUGAAGGUCAUCCACAGAGAUCUGAAGCCGAGCAAUGUGUUGCUCGAUGCAGACAUGAACCCUAAAAUUUCAGACUUCGGCAUCGCCAGAGCUUUCCAUGGAGACCAAUCUAGGGAUAUAACAAGACAACCUGUCGGAACCCUCGGGUACAUGUCUCCGGAGUAUGCCUACUGGGGGCACGUCUCCUCCAAGUCAGACAUGUUCAGCUUCGGUGUUAUAGUCCUGGAGAUGGUGACCGGCCGAAGGAACAACAGUGCAUAUGACUCUGAAAUAGACUCCGUGUCUGUGCUGAGCCAUGUCUGGGAGAAGUGGAGAGCAGGUUCGACAGCAGAUGUGGUUGACCCAUUGCUGGCCGAGUCAGGGUACCCGGAAACUGAGGUCCUCAACUGCAUUGAGGUCGGGCUCCUAUGUGUCCAGGAGAACCCGGCCGAUCGGCCGGACGCUUCUGCUGUGGUGCUUAUGCUCAGCAGUCCGACCUCUACUUCCGAUGACAGGCGAACCCCGUCCAGGCCAGCCUUCGCCUUCAGCUCCGGCUUCCCUGCUGCUGCCUCAGGUGGCCCAGCAGCCGGUUCUUGGAGUUCUGACAGUGUGCUGAUUGGCGAUCAGCAGCGCUCAACGGCCGCGGUUUCGGAGAACGAGAUGUCCAUCUCAGAGCUUCAGCCGAGGUAGAUUUGUGUGCAGCACAGGGUGCAGAGCACAAGCCACAAGCUGAGCUCAGUUCAGCCUAAAAUUAAUCUCAUGGAUGUUAAUUGAAGUGAGUAGUACGUACCAAGUUUACUUCAAAGGCAUGGCCAAAGGUAAACCAUAGUAUGGUAAAGAGAAAAAAAACAGAGAAAUUUUGGUGCCCAUGAAACCGUUAUGUGCCAAAUUAUAAAGAUCGUCCAACUCAUUUGAUCCAGCGGCUUUACGUUGUCAACCAUCA